UACUAAAGAUAUGUAGAAUAUACCAAACUGUAUAGUGUGUGGAAAUGUGGAAAGUAAGAAUUAAAGAGUUGCUGGAAAAGGAAACAUAUGUUCUUUUUUAAACGGACCAGUGUAAUCCCACAGCGUGAUGUUUGGGGAGGUUAGAGUGUACAAAUACUUUACCUCUACCUCCGAGGUGAGGUAGAAUGGAUGUUUCCGAUGGACACUCGGCUCAAGACAAAAACAUUUUAAAUAAAGAUGUAAUGGAAGUAUCAGAACAGUUGUAUAACAAUAAUUGAACUGCGCACUAAAUAACUGAUAGUAACCUAAAUUGAUGAACAAGAAACUACAAAAAGUAGAACUAUGCCUACUAGUAAGUGCGACAAGCCAAUACGUUCCUACUUACUCGUGUAGAUGCACUCCUUUAUUGGGGCUUUAAGUGCAAAUAAAGGAUGGACUUUAAUGAAAAAAGGCGCAAAGGGAGAAAAAAAUAUAAAUAUACAUUAUUAGUCAAAACUAAUAUAUAAGCUUGAAUGACGAGUAUAUGAACAAAGAAAUUGAAGAAAAAUUACGAUGAAGUGAAAUACCAAUUUCUUAGUGUCGCCUCUUUAGAAGAUGCUCAUUCACAAGGAAAAGUGUGCCUUAGAACCUUAACGACGACACUGAAGCGCACACUAAGUGAGGUGAAGCGCUCAACACAUUUUGAGCCUCGUUUUAGGGAUUAAGCACGCCUUUGAUGGCACUGGUUUUAAAAUAAAAGAAGAUUAGCUUUUGUAAAUUCAGGUUGCUCAAGGCAUUUUCCAAAGGUGGUCUGUUCUGUUCACCCUUUCAACAGUUAUUGAGAGGAUGAGAACAAGUCGAGAAGGUCACAACACCAAGCAGCUUUAUUUGGCAAUGUACUCGAGCGUUUUUGGUGGAAUCACAACUGAUACAGCUGCCAUGGUGAUCCCCAUGGAUGAUCACAUGGUUCAUAGAGGGCAUGGUAUCUUUGAUACUGCUGCCAUUAUGGAUGGAUACCUUUAUGAGUUGGACCAACACCUUGAUCGUUUCCUGGGAUCUGCAACCAUGGCCAAAAUACAAAUUCCUUUCGAUAGGGAAAGCAUUAGACGGAUUCUCAUCCAUACAGUAAGUGUUUCCAAGUGCAGAGAAGGUUCUUUAAGAUACUGGCUUUCGGCAGGACCUGGUGAUUUUCAACUAUCUUCAUCCGGCUGUCACCAAGCAACUCUGUAUGCCAUUGUAAUUAAAGAUCAAUCACCUCCUGACCACAGGGGCAUUAGAGUUGUAACGUCAUCCAUCCCGAUUAAACCCCCACAGUUUGCUGUCAUGAAAAGUGUUAAUUAUCUUCCGAAUGCACUUUCCAAGAUGGAAGCAGAAGAAAAUGAUGCAUAUGCAGCAAUUUGGUUGGAUGGCGAUGGCUUUGUUGCAGAAGGCCCGAACAUGAACGUGGCUUUUGUUACAAAGGAAAAGGACUUUCUGAUGCCUUGUUUUGACAAAAUUCUCAGUGGCUGUACAGCUAAAAGAGUUGUGGUUCUUGCAGAAAAUCUAGUAAAGGAAGGUAAACUUCGGGGUAUUAGAGUAGAGAAUGUGUCUGUAGAGGACGCGAAAAGAGCAGAUGAGAUGAUGCUAAUUGGUAGUGGGGUUCUUGUACGCUCAGUGGUGCAGUGGGAUGAAGAAGUCAUCGGUAAUGGUAGAGAAGGUCCUGUGACACAAGCUCUGCUAAAUCUUCUCUUGGAGGAUAUGAAGUCAGGGCCUCCCACGGUGCGAGUUCCCGUUCCCUAUUGAUGAGCAGAGGCCGAACUCAGUAGCGUUUGCUCAAACAGUAUAUUCAUAAAAGAUUGAAUAAUCUCACUCAUCAAGUCUUAUAGGAAUUAGGAAAAUAAGGUUUCUAAUGGCUCUUCAUAUGAAUGAAAGUUGUAUUAUGGCCAAAGGUCAAAAACUGUUUGAUUUUUCUCACAUUCCACUCUUGUUUUCUGCAUUAGUUAAAAAUAUGAUGUAGAUAUCAAUGAAAUGUAUAACUUUUACAAAUCA